AUGAAACGUAAAAUUCCAUUUAUCUCAUCUGUAAAAAAUAAAUGUAAUUCAGGUUCAAUACAUCAUAUAGAUGAAAAUUCUUCGGAUAAUCAGUCAUCAGAGCAAAUAGGAGAAAAUUUCAUAAAUGAGCAAUCAAGUCCAAAAAAGGUAGAGGGUAAAAAAAGUACUGGGAAUAAUAUUACUCAAAAGCAAUUUAUAUCUGCUGUUAGUGAGUUAGGCUUCUCUCAGAGACAACUUAAUAAUGAGACAUGGCGUCUAAAUGAAUUAACUCGUUCUAAUGAAUCUGUUUGGGGUCGUUUGAUAUCGAAAUUGAAUUUAAAUCAAACCGAAAGUAUACGGCAUUCUAUGUAUAAUUUUUGGCGACGAAAUCGUACAAAAAUUGAAAGUACUCUAUCUGAAAAUCGUCUUGAUUGUGUUAAAGAGGAUCAUAAAUCAGACAAAAAAAAUGAAGAGGAGCUUUCUCCGUUGAAUUCGGAGAUUAAGCCUCUAGCGUCUAAUGCAACUCUUCCAAAGCCACAGACUCGUUCGACAGCUCAACACAAGUUGAAUCUACCAACGAUAGUUGAGGCAUCGUUCAUUAUGAACUAUAAAGACUGGAAAGGUAUUUAUGAUCGCUCUCAACGUAAAAUGAAAUCUGGAUGGACGGAUGUGGUUGAUAAAAGAGUACGCUCAUGUAAUUUUCAUUGUACCCUAGCUUUUGAUAGACGUAAGGUUGGUGUUGAAAAUUCACGUAAAAAGAAUUGUUCUUUUUUUCGUGCUUUCGCUAUAUGUAGCAAUAAUUCGUGCGAGCGAGUAUUUGACAUUUUUGUCAAAGAUGAACCUGUAUCACGAGAAAGUAUUGUUUUUCGUGUACGAGCCAUGGGAGACGAAAACCAUGAGGGACCGCCAGUAGCGCGACAACUAACUGGAGAAAAGAGAUUAGAGGUUGGAAAGGCAGCAAAUGCUGUUGGUCCUUUAAAAGUAUUUCAUGAAAAAGUAGAAAGUGCUGACGAAGAAAUGUUAAAAGCUCGUAAUUUCACCGGUUGUGAAACUGCAGAAGUUAUAAAGCAUGCAUCAGCAGAUUACCGAAAAAUAUAUCGACUUGACGAAGAUAUUUUCAGAGAAUGUCGAAUUAGACAAUAUAUACUUGAAGAAAUCGAUGUGACAUCCGAAGAAAUAAAAGGAUAUGUACAGGUUACGGCUGAGAAACCAUUUCGUCUUCACCUUACAUCAGAACCGCAAAUAUUACGUUAUCACAAGACAAAUGAUGCUUUGAAUGACAUAUCUAAUGUCAAAUUACUGCAAAGUUCACCUGAUUCGUCAUCAUCAAAAUGUGUAAAUUCUUUUACGAAAGAACAUCCUCCAAAUGAUGAAAGUCAUUUAAGAAAUGAACAGGAGAUUCCAAUUUCUGAUUCAACAAUUUCUCCAGUUAAUAUAUUUUCAUGUGUAAAAUUUGAUAACUUCUCCGACGCCUUAUCAACCUCAGAACAAGCAAAAAAUGUAUUGAAAGCUGAAAAUAUAGAGAAAGAAAAUUCUAAAAGUCAACAUGAAAAAAAAAAACAUUACAUAAAAAAAGGUAUUUCGUUAAAAGAUCUCUCAUUUCCAUUGAUAUUUACACAUAUACUUUGUAUAUUAGAAACUGAAGAGAAUAUGCAUUUACGACUAUCUGGACUACCUGAAGCUUCUGAUACAUGUAAUUCAUUACUUGUACCUCGACUUCGUCAAAUCGUCGAGAUCCAACAAUGUCCUCUUACAUGGCCCACUUUUGGCAUCAAGAAAACAAAAUUCGAAGCUUAUGAUGAACUUAAUAAGCUUAGUAAUGGUUUAAUAAAUAUUAUAAGUAUGAACACAUCAGAUAUGAAUAUAACUGAUAAAUGUCAUCGACUGUACAAAUUUAUAAAUGAAUUUAAUAAUCAUUUCUAUUUACAUCGCCAUGAUGAUAUCGGUUGUGAACUUAUAACUGUAUAUAAUAUUUUUAAAUUUUUAAAUCGAAAUAAUUCAAACUCUUUUGAACUUAACACGCUUUGUAAUCAUUUACAAAGUUUGGUAUAUUAUUUAAAACUUGAAAGAAAUAUAUUAACUAGUUCCUCGUCAUAAAAAAAAUACAGGUUUUUUCAAUCACGAUCAUUGUGAUUUAGAAAAAAACAUUUGAUUUCAACAAAAUCAUUAUAAACAAUAAAAAAUAAUAAAUAAAAACUUUAAAUGAUUAAUAAAACUAAUUUACUGUAUAUAUAUAUAUAUAUAUAUAUUAAUAAUAAUUAAGUAAUAAUAGAAAUAAAAACAAACAAAAGUUCCCAUCAAACAACUCUUUGCAUAUAUGCAAUGUUCUAAAUCAUUGUUUGUGUAUUCACAUAUAUAUUAAUCUUACUUUAUAAAUAUUUCUGUAUUCGGUUUUUUAUUAAGCUGUUCAUUUGUAACUAUAAAAAUCAGCUUUUUAUACACAUGUAAUACUUUAUUCGGUCAUAUUUUCCUUAUAUAAUAACAAUUACAUAUCAAUUUCUCAGUCUAGGGAAAAAAAUGAAUCGAUUCUCGAUGAACGCUACUUGUUUGGUUGGCUUCCAUAAUAUAAAAGACUUCAGUAAGGCAUUUCAAUGUAUUGAAAACAUGCAUACAACAUUUGAUAGAGCAAAUCAAGUUGUAUCUAGGACACAAAUGGAACAUUUGAAACGUGCUUCUAAACGAAUUUCGGCUAGUUUUACAAUAUAAGUAUCAUCGCUACAUACUAUAGGAGACAUCUUUUAAUAGUUUUUCACGCGUUAUCUACAGUAUAGUUUGUGGUUUUGACCAUCGCAAUCUACGAAAGCAUGGAGCCUCUUAAACACUCCUUUGAACACGAAUGGAACAUCUACAAACAUCUUCCUUCACAGACAUUAGCUGAUUUUACUGUAUCAGCGACAAAGUCAUGUAUAAUGGGGUCCAUGUUUGCGAUUUCUGCGUACACGGUUAGCGGUAUUAAACAGCUCAAUACACCAUCGUAUAGAGAUCUGUGAGCCUUCCUAAGCACAUAAGUGGAACAUCUUGAACAUGUUGUUCGAAGAAUCUUGACAGUUUCACCAUAUAGACCCCAAGUAUUCUCUACUGAUAUAGAAGUAUUUCUGGAUUUUCUCGGAGUGGUUCGAGAUAUCGAGAAACUAGUUAUACUAUUCGUUUGAGGUCAUCCAGUGUUACUUCGAAAACAAACAAACAAACCAUCUGGAAUAUCCUCAUCCCAAAACUUUCCUCGGUUUCAUGUUCCGAAACUAAACAUUCCUGCACUCACGCAAUAGUAUUUUUGAAUUUUCAGAGACUUAGCUUGAGCUAUAGAAAAUGUGAAUGCACCAUUGCCAAGAACUCGUCCCGUUGUACUUGGAACAUAAGUUGAACAACUGGAACAUCAUUCUGGAAGAAUUUUGACUCCUCUUACUGUCUACAAUAGUUGAUUCCUGCUCUCAUAAGCUAGAAAUUUCGGGUUCUCGGCAGCGCAAUUCGACCUACAGAAAUUUCGAAUCCAUUAUGAGAUAGAACUCAUCGAAUUGCACUUGGAACAUAAGUAGGAUAACUGGAGCAACAUACUGGAAGAAUCUUGGCUCCUUUCACUGUCCACAAUCAUCGAUGCCUUCCCAAACACACUACUAUGUUUAGAUUUUCUAAGCCUAGUUUGAGCUAUCGAGUAUAUGACUAUACCUUUGAACAGAGCUCAUCCAGUAGUACUCGGAAUCUGAUUGAACCAUGUGGAACCUAUUCCUGGAAGCGUGUUGGUCGUCUUCACUAUCCAGAACGAAAGAUUCCAUCUGCUGACACACCAGCAUUUUCGCAUUCUUUCAGACGCAUUUUGACAUAGAGAGUAUCCAAAACACAUCAUUCGAUAAAACUCUUCGAGUUGUACUUGGAACCCCAAUGGAAUAUUCGGAACCCGCUCAUUGACAAAUCUUAGUAGGUUUCAACAUAGAGAAUACCAACUUCUUGUAUUGAUCCAGCAAUAUUUUUAAAUUUUCUGUGACAUGGUUCUAGCUAUGGAAAACCUGGAUGUAUCAUUCGAUAGAGCUCAUCGAGUUGUACUUGGAACACAAAUAGAACACUUGGAACAUGUUCCUGCACGAAUCGGCGGUAGAAUUACAUGGCGGUUUGGUAUUUGGGACCACUAUUUAGGGAUUUUUGGAAACAUACUUUGAGGUAUGCAAGAUCCGAUUAUACUAUUGGGUAGAGCUCAUCAAGUUGUACCUGGAACUCAAUUGGAACACUUGGAACAUGUUCCUGGGCGAAUCGGUGGUAGAAUUACUUACCGGUUUUGCAUUUUGGACCAGUAUUCAGAGAUUUAUCAAAACUCAGUUUGAGCUA